GUUCUGACAGCCGAGAACUACAAGUCCCAGUGUGCCGCGCGGCCCAGCUGGUCCUUUUCCGAGCGGCGGCGCCGAGCGGAGCGGAGGCAGGCACCGCGAUGAGCGGGGCUGUGGGGACGGCGGCGGCGGACAGGGCGGCCUUUGUGGACUUCUUCCCCCAGGUGCUCCGGGACCUCACCGCAGAUGGGCUCCAGCACCCCGAGGUGGGCGACGCGGUCGCCCGGCUGAAGGAGAUUCUGGAAUACAACACCCCAGGUGGGAAGUAUAACCGGGGCCUGACAGUGCUGGCUGCCUUCCGGGAGCUGGUGGGGCCAGACCAGCAGGACCCAGAAAGCUUCCAAUGUGCCUUGACCGUUGGCUGGUGCAUCGAGUUGCUCCAAGCUUUUUUAUUGGUGGCUGAUGACAUUAUGGACUUCUCACUCACCCGGCGUGGCCAACCCUGCUGGUAUAAGAAGGAGGGAAUUGGUUUGGAUGCUGUGAAUGAUUCCUUCCUCCUCGAGUCCUGUAUCUACCAGUUGCUGAAGAAAUACUGCCGGCGGCAGCCCUACUAUGUGCACCUGCUUGAGCUCUUCCUGCAGGGUUGGGUCCAUAACAUCUCUUGUCCCCAGACGUCAUACCAGACCGAGCUGGGACAGGCACUGGACCUCAUCACCGCUCCACCUGGCCACGUUGAUCUUAGUCAUUUCACUGUGCAGAGGUACAAGGCAAUCGUUAAAUACAAGACGGCCUUCUAUUCUUUCUACCUGCCGGUUGCGGCUGCUAUGUACAUGGCCGGCAUUGACAGCGAGGAGGAGCAUGCCAACGCCAAAGCCAUCUUGCUGGAGAUGGGAGAGUUCUUCCAGAUCCAGGAUGACUUCCUUGACUGUUUUGGGGAUCCAAACCUGACGGGUAAGAUUGGCACUGACAUUCAGGACAACAAGUGCAGCUGGCUGGUGGUGGAGUGUCUGCACCACGUCUCACCAGAGCAGAGGCAGCUCCUGGAGGAAAACUAUGGGCAAAAGGAGCCGGAGAAGGUGGCCACAGUGAAGGAGCUGUAUGAAACUGUGGGCAUGAGGGCAGCCUACCACGAGUGUGAGGAGAGCAGCUACCACCGCCUGGAGGAGCUGAUUGAGAAACAUGCCAACCACCUCCCCAAAGCAAUUUUCCUUGGCCUGGCCCAGAAGAUCUACAAGCGUCAGAAAUGACAGGGUGGGCUGGCUCCUCAGGGCUGUGACAGGAAAGGCAUUGACAGGCCUCCUUCCACCAGGCCCAGCUUCUGGCAUGGGAGCUGACUCUGCAAACUCAUCUGCUUAGGGGAAGGUGACGCCUUCCCUGUGCCCAUUCCAUUGGGGAUGGUGACCUGUAUAGCAUCUGAUAUGGUUCUUUGCUGUCUUGUGUUGGAGUGAAGGACAGAAGCCCACUGUUCAUGCAACAGAUCAGCUGUGAUAGCAGAGAUGCAAAGCGUUUGUAUCAAUAAACAUAAGUUAUUGUA